CCGAAACCUGGCGUGUGACAAAUAGCAAGCGCACUUCUAUAUAGAAAGAAAUCUUCGCCGCAUUUACGUAAGCCGCGAUGAUCGGAGGGGAAGCUGGUCAUCGGCUACGUUGCAACCAGGCAGCGGCUUGCUUUCGGGUGGACAGUCUUAAUUCAGCUUCUGCACGAGCCGCUUCAGGAUUAGUAUUUUUCUUGUUCCUCCUUUAGUGCGCGAUAGUGUUACCAGUGAAGCCUCUCGUUUUUCCUAAUAUUUUCUAUUUCUUUUUGGCUUCAUCCUACUUUAUCUUCGCGCGAGCGUCAGGCCGAAGCGGCACUUGACUAUUAUUUUCUUUUUGUCUAAAGCUACAGACGAGGAAAGGGUAUUAUAUGAAAAGUAUUAGGCUAAAGUACUUAACGUGACAUAUUCUACGAGAUUUUAUAUUCUUUACUGUAUUUGCGAUUAAAACUCGCUAUCCGUGUUGAAGAAUUGGAAACUGACCAAUAUAUUGUUACACGGCUCUACGCAAACCUAAGGUGUUUCCUGUUGAACAAUAUGCCAAGCAGCAAAACCAGAAUUGCCAUAAUUGGUGGCGGUGUAGCUGGAUUGGUGGUAGCUCGCCAUGCUACAACCAAAUUGGACAGGUACAGUCUUACGUUGUUCGAGCAAACCGAUCAAGUCGGUGGUACCUGGGUCUAUACCGACGAAACGGACGUCGACUCCCAUGGAUUACCGAUCCACAGUAGCAUGUAUAAGAAUUUAAGAACGAAUCUCCCUCAGGAAAUCAUGCAGAUACCUGAUUUCCCAUUGAAAGAAAACGAGGGACCGUCGUUCGUUCAUCAUACCGUAAUUCGACAGUAUUUGCGAGAUUACGCGAAGCAUUUUAAUUUAUAUCCUCACAUAAAGUUAAAUACUUUAGUAAAACACGUGGAGCCGGAGACUCUGCGCAACGGCCAGACGAUCUGGAUGGUUACGUAUGAGGACUUGGAAGGCAAGGUGGAGACGACUAAAACGUUCGACGCAGUCGUCGUGUGUAACGGGCAUUACACCGUCGGACAUGUUCCGCACAUUCCAGGUAUCGAAAGUUUUCCCGGCGGAUCCAUACACAGCCAUCAGUACAGGGUGCCGGAAGUGUACGCGAAAAAGAAAGUUUGCAUCCUCGGUGCGUCUUGGUCUGGUAUCGAUAUCGCGCUGGAGGUUUCUGAAUAUGCCGAAAAGAUAUACUUAAGUCAUAAUCUACCGAAGCCGGUCGAUUCUGUGAUGGCGAAGAACGUGGAACAAAGGCCAGGAAUUCAAUCGGUUCAGGGGAACGUGUUCAUCUUCAACGAUGGUUCCAUGGCCGAAGUAGACAGCUUCAUAUAUUGCACCGGCUAUGAAUUCACGUAUCCCUUUAUGUCAACUAAAGUUGAGAUGCGUACCGAGAACAACCAAGUCGAGCCGUUUUACAAGCACUUGAUUCACAUCGAUUAUCCGAGCUUAUUCGUGAUGGGACUACCGGCCAUAGUAAUCCCAUUUCCAAUGUUCCAUAUACAGGCACAGUACAUCCUAGCUAUUCUCGAAGGUUUCAUCAAGCUACCCUCUGCCAAGCAAAUGCGCGAAGCGAGUGAGGCAGAAAAGAGAGAUUUACUCAACCAAGGAAUUCCGCUAAGGCAUAUCACCAAGCUGAAAGAACGCCAGUGGGCGUAUUACGACGAAAUGGCUAAAGCAGCGAACGUACGUGGCUUUCCACCAGUGAUCAAGAAAAUCUACGAUCACUCGAAUGCAAUGCGUGAACUCGACUUUACUACUUAUAAGAAUUACCAAUAUCGUAUAAUCGACGAUGAGAAUUUUGUAGCUUGUUACUGUAAACCUUGUUAGGGUUUAAAAGCGAGGUUUAAAGGGAAAUAUCUCUAGAAAUAUUUUACGGUCUGCGUAACUGUUCAGAUUUUCAUUCUGUACCGUGGGACUGCCCGCACUUCUUAUUUUAUUGAACAUAUAAGAAUAUCUUGUGCUUUUUAUAUUCGCUGGGAUUGAAACGUUAGACGUAUCUCGCUGCGAUGGACGAGUUCGAGAUACGCAACCGAGCAUUAAAUGCUUCUUUCAGCGUUUAUAACGCGAAAUUAUAGCGAAUAUAACGAAUCGGUGGCGCGUUAAUGGGAUUUACGUAAUCGCGGAGCAACCAAACUUCGCGGAUGUCCGCGCGUUGUAUAACGCUUCCGUAUCGCUUGGAGGAUGCAACCCAAGCGAUCAGUGAAGUACUUAUAUGUAGGUGCACUUACUUUUAAUUGACUUAAUUAAAAGUUAAGAAUUCUGUACGACUUAUUAAAAAUAAAAAUGGUUAAAGGAAGUACCUCAACAGCGUGUCUAACGGGUUAGAAUUAUACUUAUGAUUUCAAUAUACAUACUACUAAAUAUC